AUGGGCCUGCUCCGAGGCUGGCCCCCAUGCGCUCGGGCCAUGGCGCGCCUGAGUGCUGUGCGCUCCCACUACUGCGCCCUGCUGCUGGCUGCGGCGCUUGCCGUCUGUGCUUUCUACUACCUAGGCUCGGGCCGGGAGACCUUCUCCAGCGCCACCAAGAGGCUGAAGGAGGCCCGUGCAGGGGUCCCUGCCGCGCCCUCGCCGCCUGCGCCGGAGGUGAUGCGGGGCUCAGUGGCAACUGCCCCCGGCGCCAAGGCCAAGAGCCUGGAGGGUGGGGGAGCCGGGCCGGUGGACUACCACCUGCUGAUGAUGUUCACCAAGGCGGAGCACAACGCCGCGUUGCAGGCCAAGGCCCGUGUCGCUCUUCGCUCGCUGCUGCGCCUCGCCAAGUUCGAGACGCACGAGGUGCUUAACCUUCACUUCGUGAGCGAGGAAGCCAGUCGUGAGGUGGUCAAGGUCCUGCUGCGGGAGCUCCUGCCGCCCGCCGCGGGCUUCAAGUGUAAGGUCAUCUUCCACGAUGUCGCGGUGCUGACGGACAAGCUGUUCCCUGUUGUGGAGGCCAUGCAGAAGCACUUCAGUGCUGGCUCAGGGACCUACUACAGUGACUCCAUCUUCUUCCUGUCCAUCGCCAUGCAUCAGAUCAUGCCCAAAGAGAUCCUGCGAGUCAUUCAGGUCGACCUUGACCUGAAGUACAAGACCAACAUCCGGGAGCUGUUUGAGGAGUUUGACAAUUUCCUGCCAGGCGCCGUCAUCGGCAUAGCCCGAGAGAUGCAGCCAGUGUAUAGGCACACAUUCUGGCAGUUCCGCCGUGAGAACCCCAAGACCAGGGUUGGGGGCCCACCCCCUGAGGGGCUGCCUGGCUUCAACAGUGGGGUGAUGCUGCUGAACCUGGAGGCCAUGCGCCAGUCCCCACUCUACAGCCACCUGCUGGAGCCGGCCCAGGUACAGCAGCUCACAGACAAGUACCACUUCCGCGGCCACCUGGGGGACCAGGACUUCUUCACCAUGAUCGGCAUGGAGCAUCCCGAGCUGUUCCACGUGCUGGACUGCACCUGGAACCGGCAGCUUUGCACCUGGUGGAGGGACCACGGCUACAGUGACGUCUUUGAGGCCUACUUCCAGUGCGAGGGCCACGUCAAGAUCUAUCACGGGAACUGCAACACUCCUAUCCCCGAGGAUUAGCAACAUUCUCAUCUGCCCUGCCCUCGGGGCCUCUGGAUCUGGGGGGAGGGCAGGGGCUCAUGGGGGCCAGUGUCUGAACUGCUAGAGAACUGGCGGGAGUCCACUGAGAUCAAGGUGCUGUGAUCUCCCACGCAGUGGGUCACUGUCCAGAGGCCACCCAGUGAGCACCAGCCUACGCAUUGCUGGUGCUUGGGAUGUUUUUCCUUGGGAGGCCAGGCAUCAGGAAGGACAGACACGUAGCCAUCUUCUAGCGCGCUAGGAGGCAAGCACUUGAAGAGAGGGAAGGAAAGGAAACAGAGCCCCUUGCUGUCCACCCCCAAGGAAUGGAAAUCCUUUUAAGAACCAGCCUUUCUUAAAAUUUGGACCAAUUUCAAUUUAGUUUAAAUUGACAGGCUUCCAUUUUGCAAGAAUGAAUAUACAAUACUGCUUUAGCUCCCAGAGUUUAAGCUUCCAGACAAACGCUGACCUUCCACACAUGCACCCCGGGAGGCUGGGCACACAUUCUCAUGAAGCUCGCAGCUCUUGGUGUGGGUUUGAAGUUUGCUGCCUCUUUGAGAAGACCGUCAGGGCCAGCUGGGGCCAACAUAAGAAAACUAGUCUCAUUAUUGUAGCAUUCACAGCUUUUAUCUCCCAGCUACAUCUCAGAAUGCCGUUAUCCCUUGUUUGUCCAACCCAGCUCUUGGUGACCAGAUUAUAGUCAGGAAUCAAAUCCACCAUCAAAGAACAGAGCUUGGCCACUGCCAAGAAUGUGCGGUAGGACUGUCUGGACUGGGAAGACUCAUUCCACCGCGGAGCCCAGCGUUCACGGGUGUGACCGUGUGGGCUAGGAAGGGGCUCUGCUCAUAGCCUCCAGGUUCUUUGUUUUAAAAAAAUCAUCCUUGUUACUUUCUUAUUGUGCCACAUCAUACUCUAUACCUCAGUAGAUAUUAAAGUGUCAUGUCUUGUUUCUUUCGGUGUAAUUUCCUGUAAGUAAGCUGCAAAUGUGAAACCCCCGGUAGUCCAUUUUGUGUGGUCCCAUUGAGGUCCUCGGGGGAGAAAUGGUGCAGGCUAAGAUAAUUAUUUUGUUUCAAAUUCAUUUGCUUUUUUAUUUCGUUUUACUAUGAGAAUAGCUAAUAAAUAAUC